UUUUUCACAAGAUGGAGCGGUUAAACCAACAUCACUUCCCAUUCCAUACAUUACAUUGUUUUUCACACCUCUCUUUUCACAACUUCACACACCAACUCUCUCCCACUUUCUCUCUAUCAUUAUCCUUUCUUAUGGGAAACCAUAUUUCAUUUCAUGCAACAACUAAAAUUAUUUACUAUGAUGGUUCAAUUCAAGAAUUUGAUCAACCAAUAACAGUAGCAGAACUUAUGUUAGAACAUCCAAAACAUGUUGUUGUUGAGUUUCAUUCAGCAGUAAACCAAAAAAAACCAACACCAUUACCAGCUGACAAGAAUCUAGAAAUGAACAAAAAAUAUGUUAUGGUUCCAAUGAAACCAGGGAAGCCUAUAGGAUUAAGCGCGGAAGAUUGUCGUCGAAUAGUUAAUUCUUCUUUGCAUUCAAAUUAUCUCAUGCGUUCUCAAGGGUUGAUUCCUUGGCUUGUAAGGUUUAUGAAGAAAAAGAAGGUUGAAAUUGGAGAAGUUGAAACAAGUUUGCAGAUAAAUGAGGAAGAGAGGUUUGAAUUUUGUGAGUUUUUGCCAGAAAUGAUGGAAGAGAGAGCAGAGUAUUUGAAUUUGAGUAGGCAAUUGUCAGGGAAAGGGUGGAAGCCUAGUUUGGAUACUAUUAAGGAAAAGAAGGUUGAGAAAAAGCUAUCUGGUUGGUUAUUUCUCAGAAGUGCUUUUAUUGGUACAAAGAUUUGAACAAUAAUAUGGUCUAAUUAGUGAAAAUUGUUUGUUUAAGUUUGUUUUAAUUUUGAGUUUGUGUUAUAUUCUCAUCUCUUCUUUAGUGAAAAAUGUUGUUUUAACUUUACUUACUUAUUUUCCAGGCCUCUCACA